AUGAAUACACACAAACCCUACGAUACAUCCACGUCAUACGGUGAUUACCCACACUCGGCGGUCUCUCCCUACUACAACGUUCAACACAGUAGCAGCGCACGCCCCGAAUCAGUCGAUAAUUCUACCCCUGUCGCGGUAGCCAGCCAACACCAUAUCCCAUCGCUGAAUCUCGAGGCUCCGCGAAGGCCGGACGAUGAUUCUCAACACCAAUAUCUUUCCCCGUCUAUCCCUAUCGAUUCCCAAUUCACCAGAAGAGCUUCCACGUCUGCAAUCUAUGGACAGUCCUCUACGCGCACUACUCCAACCUCUGGCCCAUACGUCCGCCCCAGUCGUCCUACUCCAUUUUCUACAAAUGCCCUUGGCCACAAGCGAUCAGCGUCGGAUAGCCAUUUCCAACCGCCCCGGUUAGGGAGUCGACAUCAGAAAUCGGCAUCAGCAGGUAAACAACCUGACCUGACGCCUUUUGGCAGCGCUCCACCCAUACCUUUUCACUCUUAUGAUGAGGGACGCCAGGAACCACAAUGGAGUACGCAGUAUACGACCAGCUCUUCCGUCGAUACUUCAGCGGAGACGUCUUCGAGAAAUGCUUCGUACGAUACGACACCGGUACCUUCUGCUAGUCCUUUUUCUGCCACUGCGCCUCAAUCGUUUGACGGUCCAUCGAGGGGGCAUCCGACAUGGUCAAACCCUGAACAAGUCGUUUUCAACUCCGAUCAUGUCGAUUCCCUGCCCGCUCCAUAUUCACCGUCGGUUCCCACAAUACACUCGUCGACGGCCUUGUUUACGAACUACGCACAACCCUCGGUACCUCCUACUUCUUCUGCGCUACAAUCGCUCACCUCGGCUACGUUACAUCCUGAUCAUGCGAUGCACCACACAUCAACUGCGACCAACUUCCCCGAAGCCUACACUCCGAGCAGCGAAGGUUAUGAUGGGUCCCCGGCCGGCUUCCUUUCGACUGCCUCGAGCACGUUGCCCUCUGUUCCGUUCGAUGCCACCGCCACAGAGCAAAACACCUCUUCCGCCGAACUCUCGCAUUUACAUUCGAAUACAACAUAUGCAUCGGCGCGGCUGCCGUAUCCUACGAACGUCCCUUCUCCUGCCCUAAACCCCCGUACUCUGGAUCCUUCCUCGUAUGCAACACCGGAACCUGGUCCCUCGUCGUCCGAGCAGCACACCAAAAAGUCUCUUGCGAAGAAGAUGGUACCUCAUACACAGUCGUCGUCCACACCUGGUGCUUCCGGCUCUUCGGACACUAUGGCCUCUAGCCAUCACGACUCCCUCGCGGUCGGCGGCACCGCAGUAAAAGCCAAAGGUACAAAGCGUAAACACAGGGAGGACGACGUAGAGAUACUUGGCGAUAGACAGUCUGAGGCCGGUCCGUCGAAGAAGGCUAAGAGCAGUGGCGCCAAUGAGAAGAAGAGGGAGGGUGACAGGGAGUAUCAGCAAGAAUUUCGCCAGAGGGCUAAUGAGAGAAGGGAGGAAAUAUGGCGACUCGCGGGCAUCACGACUGGAACAUUGGAGAAGAGACAGGAAAGACGUACGUUCUUGGAACUUACUUUUCCCUUUCUAGUGGACCACGAAACUAAGAUCGCUCUCUUCUCCGCUUUCAGUUCUUAA